AAAAUCRUUCAACUACCUUCGCUAACGUGUGUCCACGUGCUUGCAGACAGAAACAAAUUUUGUCGCUAUUCUCCGAAAAAUUCUUCCAAGAUUGUCCCUAUAUAUUUACAAACGAAGUAAAAGUCUAUAAGUUUAAACAAUGUAUCGAAUGUCCAGCAUAAUUCAUCCAGCACGCCAAAUUCUAUCCAGCAAGGUUCUUGCGCCUCGGGUUGUUGCAAGYUUUAGCACAUCACAUCAAAGACAUUCACCCAAAGAACUCAAGUUUGGAUCUGAUGCAAGAGCUGUUAUGCUACAAGGUGUUGAAAUUUUAGCUGAUGCUGUGGCUGUCACAUUGGGUCCUAAGGGUAGAAAUGUUAUCAUAGAACAAAGUUUUGGAGGGCCAAAAAUAACUAAAGAUGGUGUGACUGUAGCCAAAGCUGUAGAACUUAAAGACAAAUUCCAGAAUGUAGGUGCUCGUUUAGUACAAGAUGUUGCAAAUAACACUAAUGAAGAGGCUGGUGAUGGCACUACUACUGCUACCGUUUUGGCCAGGUCUAUUGCCACAGAAGGAUUUAAUAAAGUCUCGAAGGGUGCUAACCCACAAGAGGUUAGACGAGGUGUUAUGGAAGCUGUCGAUACUAUUGUUCAGUCAUUGAAAUCAAUGUCCAAACCUGUAACAACUCCAGAAGAAAUUGCUCAGGUUGCUACAAUCUCAGCCAAUGGUGACCACAAAAUUGGAGAACUUAUUUCAUCAGCCAUGAAAAGAGUGGGACGCAAUGGAGUCAUCACUGUUAAGGAUGGUAAGACUCUUCACGAUGAGAUGGAAGUCAUUGAGGGAAUGAAAUUUGAUCGAGGGUAUAUAUCACCAUAUUUUAUCAACACCUCAAAAGGGCAAAAAGUUGAAUAUCAAGACUGUCUUCUGCUUCUUUGCCAAAAGAAAAUCUCAUCCAUUCAGCAAAUAGUACCAGCUUUAGAAUUAGCAAAUAGCCACCGUAAGCCACUUGUCAUUAUUGCUGAAGAUGUUGAUGGUGAAGCCCUAACAACUCUUGUAUUAAACAGACUCAAGGUGGGUCUUCAAGUUGCUGCUGUAAAGGCUCCAGGAUUUGGUGACAACAGGAAAAACAUGCUUCAAGAUAUGGCCGUUGCAACUGGUGGAAUGGUUUUUGGUGAUGAUGCUCUGGAAACCAAGCUAGAAGACAUCCAAAUUCAGGACUUUGGCGAAGUAGGUGAGGUGUCUAUCACCAAGGAUGAUAUGUUAUUCCUCAAAGGAAAAGGCAACCCAGAAGACUUGGAGAAACGUUGUGAACAAAUUAAAGAAGAAUUGGAAAACACAAACUCAGAGUAUGAGAAAGAAAAAUUGAAUGAGAGGCUGGCGAAAAUGUCAGAUGGGGUAGCGAUACUCAAGAUUGGUGGAUCAAGUGAGGUGGAAGUGAAUGAAAAAAAAGACCGAGUCAAUGAUGCACUCAAUGCAACACGUGCGGCUGUAGAGGAAGGGAUUGUUCCAGGUGGUGGAGUUGCUUUACUCCGAUGUAUAAAGAGCCUCGAAACUCUGGAAGGCAGCAGCCCUGACAAACAAAUUGGUGUCGAGUUAGUGGCAAAGUCUCUACGGAAACCAUUACAUACUAUUGCUGAAAAUGCAGGUGUGGAGGCACCUCUUGUUGUUGAAAAGGUGUUACAACAGGAAGGUAACAUGGGCUACGAUGCGCAAAAUGAUAACUACGUUGACAUGAUUCAAGCUGGUAUCAUCGACCCAACAAAGGUUGUCCGCACUGCUAUCACAGAUGCUGCUGGUGUUGCUUCAUUACUAACUACAGCGGAAACUGUCAUUGUUGACGCCCCUAAAGAUGAAAAAGACCCUAUGGCUGGAAUGGGAGGCAUGGGAGGAAUGGGAGGGAUGGGUGGAAUGGGCGGAAUGAUGUAAAUGCUAGUUAGAUCAUGUAUAAUUACAUAACUGCCAAAAAAAAUCAUGCGGUUAGUGCGUAUUUUAUGACGAAAGUGUACUGGUGAUGUGAAACAUUGCAUAAAAUUGUUCAAAAGUAACAUGGACCCUCAAUCGCACUCAUAGGUAUCUCUUUUGUAUUCGAACUAGUUGUGAGUCUCGUUGACUGUUGCAAUAAAACCGCCUUUGUUUUA